AUGAGCACCACAAACAACAACAAGAAGGGCGGAUCGGAUGACAAGAAGAAGGCACACCCACCUUUUGAUGGCCAGGACUUCGAAGUGUGGCUGGAGCGAAUGACUUUGAAGCUUCAGCGCAAAGGACUAGCAAAGGAGAUCCUGUACGAUGGUAUGACUGACAAGAUAAUGAAGACGGUCAAGUACGAGGCAACCCCGUACAAAGUGAUGGAACAUUUGAAAAAACGGUACAUCGGAAAGACUUACUUUAAGUAUGCUGCGGAAAUGACAAAGUUGAGGAAGCUGCAGUUGGACGCCAAGGGCAAUAUGUCGGACCAUCUCGGCGAGAUCCGACGCCUGAUGGACAGGAUCGGGCUGCUUGGGAAGCCACUAGAUGACUACGAGAAGCCGGCUCUGCUCAUUGGCUCGCUUCCCAGUGACUACGACAAUGUGGUGGAGACGUUCUUGGCUUCUCACGUGCCGACUGACCCAAACGAACCCCCGAACUAUGAGCAGUUGGAGCAUGCCCUUGAGACUGCAGAAGGCGCUGUUUGCUGA